AAUUGGGACUGUCAGAGUGUGGUUGCAGGAAAUGACAAACGGAAGGUAGGCGCUGUGGGAUGGUCAUCACGGCUAAGUGUAUGUCUAUUAUACCUUUUAAGACGUACUACUAUAAUGCAGUUGUUAGGACUCUAAACAGUAAAUUGUUUUACUGUGAGUCGUACGUUAGCUUUCCAUUUCGUUUCCUUGAUCUCGUAACGCUGAUGUAGUCGGAAAACUCGCAAAAGUGAAUGUAGUUCCUCAAUGCUAUAAAAAAAAAAUAAAAUAUUACUAACGAUUUGGAAUGAAUUUUAACAGCGAUUCUUCAGAUUCCAGGAUAGUUACGAUUCUUGCUAUGAAGUAUCUUCACGGCGCUUGGCUGUUUUGGUAGGGUAAACCAGCACGGAAAUGUCCCUCGGUUUUUCUUGCAUAUGACUGUCAAUUCACAUGUUCCUCAUGAAAAUUACCAGUGCUAAUGAUUAUCUGGACAUAACUAAUAUGAUGGUGAGUAAAAGCGUGGAAUGGUUACAAGAUGCGCUGGAAUCCGGUGGGAAUUCGCUGCUGCUUCUGGACUGUCGAUCGCACGAACUCUUCGAAUCUUCUCACAUCGACACGGCCAUCAACUUAGCAAUACCGGGACUGAUGUUACGGAGACUCAGGAAGGGGAAUUUGUCCAUCCGAUCAAUUAUCCCAAAUAACGAGGAUAAGGAAAAGUUUGUGAAACGGUGUAAAACGGACACCUUAAUAUUGUACGACGAGGCCACUUUGGACUGGCAAGAUGGAACAAGUUCAGUUCUUGGGCUUCUGCUUAACAAGCUCAGAGACGACGGAUGUAAAGCCUAUUACCUGGAGGGAGGAUUCAGCAGGUUCCAGACUGAGUAUCCUGACCACUGUGAGACCAGCCUGGAUGUUUCUUGUUCCACCUGCUCCUCCCCUGCAGCGGUACUGGGUUUAGGGGGGCUGCGGAUCAGUACUGACUGUUCGGACAAUGAAUCGGACCGAGAGCCUGGUAGCGCCACCGAAUCGGAAGAAAGUCCGGUGCCUAACAGCCAGCCUGCCUUUCCUGUCCAGAUUCUGCCCUACCUUUACCUGGGUUGUGCCAAAGACUCCAGCAAUCUGGAUGUAUUGAGCAAAAACAAUAUAAAAUACAUCCUGAAUGUGACUCCUAACCUGCCCAACACGUUUGAACAUGACGGAGAUUUCAAGUACAAGCAGAUCCCCAUCUCAGAUCACUGGAGCCAAAACCUCUCGCAAUUUUUCCCAGAGGCUAUAUCUUUCAUUGUUCUGCUUAGGUGGCUAUUUGGUGAGUCUCCUGAAUGCUCCAUUGCUGCUCUCGGUGAUGAGAUGUAUGCCUGCCACCUUACUGAAAGAGGUAUUCCUGAAACCCAGAUACAAGAUUCUGCAUCGGGGCUCUCCAGCCUUUUUUACAAAGAAGCUCGUUCCAAGAAGUGUGGUGUCUUGGUGCACUGCCUGGCCGGGAUUAGUCGUUCCGUCACCGUGACCGUGGCCUACCUGAUGCAGAAGCUCCAUCUGUCGCUCAACGAUGCCUACGACUUUGUCAAGCAGAAGAAGUCCAACAUUUCCCCCAACUUCAACUUCAUGGGCCAGCUGCUGGACUUUGAGAGGACCCUGAAGAGCCCAUGUGACAAUCGGUCAUCCAGCGGCCCGCUGUACUUCAGUACACCAACCAAUCACAACGUCUUCCAGCUAGACACGCUGGAAUCCACUUGAAGCCUGACUCCAGAAGGGCAGCUGUUUUGUGUUUGUUUCACUCCCUGCUUAAGGUUGUGCAAAUCCUCUGGGGCCUGAGACCAGCGAAAUUAGGGAGACAGUACCACCUUUGAUUGCUCUGCUGCCACUUAACAGUUUGACUUUUUGCCUUCAUAAGAACAUUAAAAAAAAAGGAAUAAGCUGAAGGAAUGAUGAAUUUCAUGCAAAGAGGGACAGAAAAAGCACAUAGUUGUGGCCUUACUACUUUGUAUGAGGAAGGUAUCUUUGUAGUACAGGACAGGCUGUUGGUGUUCUCAGUGUCAAUUUAGUAAGAACACGGUACAUACAUUUAAAUCUAUGUAUUGAAUUGGAAUUUUCAGUUUUUCAGAAGAAUGUGAUUACACCCCAUUAGCACACUGUUCAUGUUACUAUUUUUUGUGCUGACUCCACAGUGGAAAAGCUUUUCACAUCUUACCACUUCAGAGUGGUACUUUGCUCAGAUAAAGGCCUAUUCAGAGAUGCAGGAAAGACCAGCACUUACUGAACAUAUGAACUCUUUGUUUCUAAAACAUGGACCUCCUAUCUCUAAUACAAGCUGAGUUCUCUGCAAGAACAGUCUCAUGUUGGGUAAGACAUGUACAUGCGAGUUUGGUGUUUUAACCAUGAUUAAUACUGUCAUUUUCUCUUUCUUUUUGCAUGGUGGUUGAGAGCGUGUUGGCUGGGGGUGAUCGGAGGUUGUGAUUUAUGUGGGUUUAUUCAGAAUUAGGAGAAGAAUGUAGAUAACAUCAGUCUGCUUGUAGUCACCGAUUCUCUAGAGCAUAUAAAGCGGAAACUGGUUUCUGGGUAACAGGAACACCCUGGGAGAAUUUUGGGAGGAACUUGGGUGUAAUAGUCAAAACUCAAAAGGGAAUUUUUAAACUUUUGAUAGAAAAAAGGAUGGCAAACUUUAUAUUUCAUUUGAGAAGUCUUGUUUUUAGCUUUAAUUAAAAAAAAAUAAUCAUAUUGGACACCCAAGUAUGAUAUGGGUACAGCGCUGUUGACUUUCUUAUUCUCUCCAAUGCACCAACGUUCUUGUUGUAUUUUUCCGAUUGCAAAUGGCCUCAGUUUUCCUAUCUGUUAACUUUUGUAUCCAAUUUGUAGUGUAUGUGAGGUAACUGAGAAAGCACAGGGCUACCAAUGCAUUUUCAAAAGCUGUAUUAUGCUUCAGGUAUCAACAUCUGUCUGAUUGUAUGGAAUCAGUCAGUUCAAAAUCUUUCUGUCUGAUGCUAUAAUAGCCACCUUAAAUUCUUAUUCUGCUCAUUCAUUAUGAGAUGUUACAUGAUACUGUAAUAUAGAUUUUAAACUUUUGAUAGUAUUCGUGAUUCAAAUCACAAACCAAUAAUUUUGUUCCCAGAAUUGCAUUUAUGUAUUUUAUAUAUAUUUUUUUUUUCUUUUGAGGCAUCAUCACCUGCUAUGUUUUAAACAAGUCUUAUCAAGUGAUCACGUUAAAAUUAACACGCGCAUGUGUGUAUGUGUGUGUAUAUAUAUAUAUUACAUAUAUAUUACAUACAUACACCAAGCACAAGAUGGAUUGUCUUAUAUCUUGCACCAACAGAGCACGACUGGUACAAGUGACUUGGGCAAUAAGGAAGAAAGUGUGUGGGAGUCCAGUUGUGACCAAAAAAUGAGCGAUUUUAAAAACGUCUUCUUACCUCACAAGGACAAUAUCAGGGAUUCUGGCAGCGCUUGAUCAGCAAUGUGUAUCACCUUGAAAUGUUCAUUGGCUGAUUGGUUUGUGCUGUGUAAAAUAAAUGUGUAUGUAUAACUGAGCUUGGUAACAGGGCAGUUCUUACUGAUUUACGAAUAUAGAAAAUAUAUAUUGUAUAGUACCUUAAUACCAAGACAAGACUUGUUUAUAUUACAAAUAAAUAUUGAAUUAUUUUUUCUUUAAA